UUUAUUUUUUUGAUGGCUAAUCUCAUCUGAAUCACUCUCUAUGGGUUUUUUGGGUUUCUAUAUUCAAAUCCUGAAUGAGAAUUUCAUAGGUCUAUGAUUUUAGGAGUUUCCAGAAGUACCAGAAACAGACAAGGGUUUCACCACUGUGAAAAGUUGGUUGAUGGUAUGCUCAUUGUUGUCGAGGGCCAUGCUUUAAGCAACCUGUAUCUUGGACUCUUAGCUUUUGUAAUUCAAGCCUAUAACUGAGAAUUUAUGGGUGAAUCAAUAGUGGAUCUUCAAAAAGAUGCACAUAAGAUGGGAGAGACAAAUGCCUCCAAUUCUGUUCUGGAAGUGUCUGUCUCAUUCGGAAGGUUUGAGAAUGAUUCACUAUCUUGGGAGAAAUGGUCAGCAUUCUCACCGAAUAAGUACUUGGAAGAGGUUGGGAAGUGUGCCACACCUGGUUCAGUAGCUAAGAAGAAGGCCUAUUUCGAAGCUCAUUACAAGAAGAUUGCUGCCCGGAAGGCCGAGCUCCUGGAGCAAGAGAAGGAAAUGCAACAUGAUCUUGGCAGAUCAGAUGAUCAAAGUGGAGGAGAUCUGAACACUUUUGGCAAUGGUGCAGAAACUGAUAUAUCCAAGGACCAAACUUUUGCUGAAGAGGUUAAGCAGGAAACUAAUUUGCUGGAUGAGAUGAGUGAGACCCAUUUGGAUGAUCUGAAGGAUGAUGAUCUAAUUACUAUAGAAUGUCAAAGUUCGUCGGUUGAGAUAGAGAAAGAAGAAUUGGAUAGCAAGCUGUCCAGUCCCAACACAAGCAAACCUGAAGAUGCUGUUGUGGUGAAGAAAAUGGAGACUAUUUCUAAUGGAUCUCAAGGCAUAAAGGAAGCUCCGCAGGAUCUGGACAGUGGCAUAGUAUGUGAUUCAAAGAUUAAGGAGAAAAAGGUGAAAUUGGAUUAUCCGAAUCCGAAGGAAUCCCGGAAGGCUAAUCCAAUGAACAAGGAGGGAAAUAUGGCUAGGGUAAAGAAGAGUCCAGUAACCCCCCUGACUAAAACGCCUAAGAAUUCUACCGUAGUGUCCAAGUCAACACCAAAUUCAAGUAGAGUAUAUGCAUUAAAAUCUUCUGCAAAUAGGGUUGAUAAUGGAGCAACACCAAGGAACAAGAAUCCUUCUGAUGGAGAAACCAAGAAAGUUGCUCCUAAAUCUCUGCACAUGUCACUCGGUAUGGGUCCCACAAAUUCCUAUUCAUCUUCUCCUACCACCGCUAGGAAGUCUUUUAUUAUGGAGAAAAUGGGGGAUAAGGACAUUGUUAAAAGAGCGUUUAAGUCAUUUCAAAACAAUUUCAGCCAAUUGAAAUCUUCCAGUGAAGAGAGAUCUGCAUUGCAUGAUCAGGGACAGGUAUCUACGAAGGAGACAAAACUUAGGGUUUCUGCUUCUAUAACUCCAAAGAAAGAAAAUGGAAGGUCACUCAAAACAGGUGGUCUGGAUAAAAGAAAUGCUAAAACCCCAUCAUCUUUUGGCUUGAAAAGUGAUGAAAGAGCAGAAAAAAGAAAAGUGGUUUUAAAGAAAAUUGAGGAAAAAUCAAAUGCCAAAGAAGCUGAGAGAACACGUCUCCAAUCAAAAUCGAAGGAGGAAGAGGAGGCAGAGAUCAAAAAGCUAAGACAGAGCCUUAAAUUUAAAGCCACUCCCAUGCCGGGCUUUUACAGGGGACAAAAAGUGUCAAAAAGCAGUAUAGAUAAGAUGGGUUCCAAGAAUGAGAGCGGUAGAUGAGAAAAUAUCCCUUGGGAUGGAAAAGUUAUGCAUCAUCUACCAAGAAGAUAUACAUGUAUUUUUGGGGAGUCUUAACUGUUUGGCAGAAAAGGAAGGUUAUAUGGAUGGCUCAUCCAAGCAUAGAAGAUAUUAUUGGCAACAGGCAAUCAAAGAUGAGCCACAAACAUGUAUAUCUCAAUGGUCAGAACCAAACGACGGAUAAAGCUGAUAUUUUUUUCUAUGUGGGGCAUUUCUAUAUUAUGUGAGUGAGAUACGUAGCCUGUUGGUCCUACCCUAUUCCAUGGGGUCCUACACUUUAAAUUCCCUUCAUCAUGUUCGUGAGAAAGGAAAAAUAUUUUAUGUAUAAGCAGUUGUAUUGUGGGAAAUCAUAAAAAGUCUCCCACUUGUCUGUACAAUAACUAUGCAUCCACCUCAAUAUAGCAAGGAACCUAGUUAAAGAAUUUAUUUUA